CGCCCCCUCGUCUGUUAUUCUGCUGAAGAAAGGACAAAGUGUCCAAACACAGAAAAAAAACUCCUGAAGCGACUGAGAUCCACGUGACACACUGUUAUAAAGAUGGAGUUUAUUAAAGAGGAGAGUGAAGACCUGAAGUUUGACGAAACAUUCAGAGCCAAACAUGAAGAUACUGAGACACAAACAGACUUGAUGGCGCUGAAUGAGGAGAGUCAAGAACUGAAUGAAACAGAAGAGAAAGAUCAAAAUGAAAAACAGCAUGAUUUCAAAACUGAAGAAGAAUUGAUUAGUUCCUCACAAACUGAAAAGACUUCCUCACCCAAAAAAGCUCAAAAAACACAAAGUACAAACCUUCAUUCCCACAUUAGAGUUCAUACCGGAGAGACCUCUUUCACCUGCCAAAAGUGUGGACAAAUUUUCAAUCGGAAAGGAAGCUUUACAAUGCACAUGAAAUUUCACAUUGAAAAGAAACCAUUAAUAUGCCCUCAGUGUGGAAAGUGUUUUAGACGGAAACAAUACCUUAAUAUCCAUAUGAGAAUUCACACUGGAGAAAAACCUUGCAUCUGCAAACUGUGUGGAAAGAGUUUCACUCAGAAAAGUACCCUUAAUGCCCACAUAAAAAGUCACACUGGAGAGAAACCUUACACCUGCAAACUGUGUGGGAAGAGUUUCUCAAAUGGAUAUUUUAAGACUCACAUGAAAAUUCACACUGAGAAGAAACCAUUAAUAUGCUCUCAGUGUGGAAAGAGUUUUACAGAGAAAAAACUCCUUAACGCCCACAUGAGAAUUCACACGGGAGAGAGACCUUACACCUGCAAACAGUGUGGGAAGAGUUUCACACGUAAAGGAAGCCUUAAGACUCACACGAGGAUUCACACUGGAGAGAGACCUUUCAUAUGUGUUCAGUGUGGAAAGAGUUUUACACAGAAAAAUCUCCUGAUUGGCCACAUAAGACUUCACACUGGAGAGAAGCCUUUCACCUGCCCUCAGUGUGGAAAGAGUUUCACCAUUAAAAGAAACCUACAGGCUCACACAAGGAGUCACACUGGAGAGAAUCCAUUCACAUGUGAUCAGUGCGGCAGGAGUUUCAGAUAUAAAGAAAACCUUAAUUAUCACAUCAGUAUUCAUUCAAGAGAGAUCAGAUUUAAAUGUCAUCAGUGCGCACAUGUCUACGUCACUGUCUGUGCCAGUUCUGCAGUUGACCACCGUGACCAUUUUCUUCAAGGCCUAAGAGAUGAGAAUGGGGACAUCGUUGAGCCAGAGGAUGAGAAAGACCAUGAUGAUGCCCCCCUGAACCCCACAACCUUGAAGCAAGAGCAGGAGAACAUGUGUGGGACAAUCUGGCUGCUGCUGUUUCUGUUUCUUUGA